UUAAAUAUUAAUUAAAUUCAAAAGCGAAUACUAAAAUAAGUACUUAAAAUUUAAUCAAAAAAGUAGCAAUUAAUUUGUGUUUUCAGCUAAAAAAAUAUUUCAACAAGCAAGCAAGUAAAUAAACACAUGCAAAAUUCUUUACAAUCCCCUUUAAAAUAGAACUAAUUUUCACCUGUGAAAUAGAGUUAGUUAAAGCCAGCUGAAGACUUCAACAAGAAGUUAAGUUAGAUUUUAGAACUAAAUUUGAUUUCUAUCAAGCAGCAUGCUGCAUUAGCAAAGAAAAAAUUUGCAGUAGAUUAGAAUAGUAAAGAAAAUAUUGAAAAGUAAAUUAAGAAGUAAAUCAAUGAAAAUAAUCAUUUAGUUUAUAAUUACUUGUAAGAGGAGGACAUGUUUGUUAUGAAGUAUUUGGUAAUGGGACUUUACAAUAUUUUUAUUGGUUAUGAAUAGAAAGAAAGCUUAUUUUAAAAGUUUAGAAUUCUAAAUGAUGAGCCUCUGAAGUUGCAAAUGCAGGACGUUAUUAUUUUAGAAAAAAAAUUAUAAGAAAGAAAUAAAAUAAUUGAAUAGAGCAAAGAAACUAUUUCUCUACUUCAAUAAAAAAUAGACUCUUUUGAUGUUAAAAUAGAUAAAGCUAGACUAACUAUCUCCUAAAACAAGAAAAUGGAGAAUAAUGUUAGCUAAUUGGAGUCUAAUUUAUAAGCCAAAGAGCAGUACAUUUAAGAUAUAAAGCGAUAAUUUUAGUUGCAGCUUGAGGAAAUAAAAACAGAAAACAAAACACUUUAAGAGAGAUUAAAUCUAUUACAUGCUGAAAAGUAGCAGUUAAAUACAAACUUGAAAAAUAUUAAAAAAGCCAAUAUGGACUUAGAUUUAGCCUUAAAGAAAAGCAACUUAAUUUGUAAACAAUUAUCUGAAAAAAUUGAAGAAAUAGAUCACUCACACUAUUAAUUUAUGGCUAAGGGACAAACUAUUCUGAGCUCAGCGUUUAAUCCAUAUGAUAAUUCCGUUACGAGUACUUUCCUUCCACCCUAAGUUGAACAGUCUUUUGAUCCUUAAGAAUUUAAUGAAAAAAUGUAUUAAUAACAAAUCUAAUAAUAAAUAAACUAAUUAAAUUUUGAAGCUAAUGAUGUGCUUAAUUCUAGUAAAAUUUAAUCAAUUGGAAUAACUACUCCUUAGAAUCCUGAUAGCCAUAAAAUUAAGUUUUAACAAAAUUAAUUCACUUAAUAAUCUCCUUAGCAACUAAGGGAAAAGACUAUAUUUACUCCAGAAAAAUCAUAAAGCGAAAAUCUUAAUUACAGAUAUGAAUUUAUAAAAUUAGCUGAGUUUUUGUUGAGUAUUUCUUCUAUGGUUUAAAGCUCUGGAGGAAACUUAUCAAUUGCUUAAUUUAAGCAGAUUCUAGAUCAGAAAAAGACAGAAAUUUAACCAAAAUACAUAGUUGCUACAUCCAUGAAUGAUAAUAACUUAGAAUCAAGUUAAAAGAUAAAUAAAUAAUAAUAAAAUAUAUAGUAAAAUUAAUAUAUUAAUUAAAUGAAAUUAAAUUGA